UCCGACGUCGGUGGCCGUUGGAUUCAACUCCUCAGAAACUCUCGUUCUCUCUCUAAAAUUGCGACAGAGCGUCGCAGAGCACACAGACACCGGGCGCGGUUAGGCGGAGACUCAGAGGUGUCUCACCCGUUCCCGCGCAUCGGACUAAUGGCCCUUCCUCCGUUUCCCCGCCGGAACCGGCAGCGCCGCGCGACCAUGGCAGUUUCCGGUGACUAGACCGCCAGGCCACUAGGAGGUGAAGGUUUAUAUUGGUUCGUGGAUGCUAUGCUAUCGUCCUUAGAGAUUUUAUAAGAGGUUCCUAGAUGGCGCAGUUUCAGCGGAAGAAAACGAAUAGUUCCCAAAAAUCAUAUCCAGGAUGUAUGGGAAUCAUGGUCAACUUGUUUGAUUUGAAUUUUGGGGUUUCAGGAAACAAACUGCUAACCGAGAAACCUCAUCGCGAUGGUUCGGAUCUUCCGAGAAGCCAAGCGCAGAUGCCAAAGAAGGCAGUCUACCCUGACGAGGAAUAUGCAGAAGAGAGGCCCGUAACAUAUGAAGCAAGAACAGGCCCGGACAACACUUCAAACGGAACACCUAUGAAGAUGCUUUUAGCUCAAGAAAUGUCAAAGGAAAUUGAUCCAAAGGGAAGACCGCCUGGUGUUGUUGCACGGCUAAUGGGUCUGGAUGCUAUUCCUGCCCAUGAACCAUUUUCUUCCACCAGGCAAAGCAACAAAUGUGAGAGCCAUUCACGGAGCACUAUGUUGAGGAACCAUGAACGUCGCUACUAUUUGCCAAUCCAUCUGGGUACCACUCAUCCUGGAACUGUGAUUGGUCAUCAGCACGGAGAGAUUAAACUAAAGGAGAACUACUUGCUGCAUAAAACACAGAACCACACCUCUGCUCAUGAACAAGAAGAAUGUAAAGAUGUUUAUGAAGUUUGGCAGUCAUGUAAGAUGGAAAAAGUCAAUACCCAGUCAUUGCAGAAAGUGAGACACAAUAACCAUCUGGAUGAGAAAAAAAUGGAUCUGGUACGUCAAAAAUUUUUGGAAGCAAAACGACUUGCUACUGAUGAAAAACUUCGUCAGUCCAAAGAAUUUCAAGAUGCAUUGGAGGUGUUAAGUUCAAACAGGGAAUUGUUCCUGAAAUUUCUUCAAGAGCCCAAUUCCUUGUUCUCUCAACAUCUUACCAACUUGCAAUCAAUUCCACCGCCAUCUCAGACAAAGCGCAUCACAGUGCUGAAACCCUCAAAGGCAGUGAUGGAACGUGGCUCACCAAAACAACCUCACGGUGGAGGAAGAUGGAUUACCUCAGAAUUAAGAAGCGAGAGACUUAGCAGGAUACAGGAUCUGGUGAAUCACUCCCCAAAGAGACACAACCUGGUUGAUGCAAAGGAGCUGAAGGAGCCGGACGAGAACAGGCCACCUUGGUCUGCUGCUUCUAAUUAUCAGACUGCCUUCCAUGUUAGAGCAACAGGAAUACCUGAUGGUUCUCAUCAUCCCACGAGAAUAGUGGUCCUAAAACCUAGUCCCAAAAAGGCCCAAGAUAUAAGAAUGGUGGUCUCUUCUCCACCACUAUCGCCUAGGCCCUACAGCAGAACUCUAUAUGCAAGCAGUCCAGAGAAAUUUUUGAAUGCUUCUACUGAUGAAAAUCAGGAUUUGCAGGUGAGACAGAUAACAAGGCAGAUACGUGAAAGCAUAAGCAGCAAGUCUAUGCGUGCAUUCAGUAGCAGAGAUGAGACAUUUCUCUCAUCUACAUUAUCAAAUGGGUAUGUUGGGGAUGAGAGCUCGCACAGUAGGUCAGAGAAUGAAUAUGCAGAAGCUGGCAAUCUUAGUGAUUCGGAGAUCAUGACCCCAACUUCACGGUAUUCAUGGGACUUCAUCAAUAGGUGUAGCCCUUAUUCAUCAUCCUCUAUUAGUAGGGUGUCUUACUCCUCAGAAUCUUCAGUAACCAAGGAAGCCAAGAAGCGACUUUCGGAGCGGUGGGCGUUGAUGGCAAAUGGCAACCAAGAACGACAUCUAAGAAGAAGCUCCAGUACAUUAGGUGAAAUGCUUGCUAUACCUGAAGCAAAGAAGACAACAGAUUCAGUUGGGGAGAUCAUUGAGGAAGCCUGCAGUAUUUCAAACAAUAGGCCCCAUGCUGUAAAUGAUGACCACGAAUCAGGUUGUGUUUCUGGUAGCAAAAGUAUGGGUGAUGGUACUGGGGAGGGCUCCCCAAGAAAUCUAUUGAGAUCAAGAUCAGUUCCAGUUUCUUCAAAAGCGUUUGACAGUGUGCGACUGGAAGAUGAGGCGGCUAAGCCUGAACCACCAUCAAAGCCCUUCAGAAUAACAGAUAAACCAAAGAGUGCGAAGUCACUGAAAGGGAAGGUCUCAAGUUUGUUCUUCUCCAAGAACAAGAAAGCAAGCAAGGAGAAAUGUGAUCCAUCUGCCAAAGAGGAGACAUCAAGAGAUGCGUCUGAAUCGCAUGAAUUAUGCAAAGCUUCUGCUUCAACUUCAGGAGGCUGUUCUGUCGAGGCAAUCCUGAGUCGAGCAGAACCUAGAGAAGUCUUGAGUGACAACCAAGAGCAACCUAGUCCUGUUUCAGUGUUGGAACUUCCGUUUGAAGAUGAAGCUCCUAGCCCUCCUGGCAUGGAUAGAGGCACCAUUUCGCAAGAAGGAAAUGCAUCUCAUUCCCUUAAAGUGGGUGCAAGUCGGGUGUCCUCUCUUGAAUCAAUCGCCACUACGUUGUCAUGGGAGGACCCCAAUUUGGAUGAUCAGAGAACCGGCAGUGCAUCAAUAAAUGCAGCUGCUGUUGGGACCGCGACAGUGAAUGAGCAAGAUCAGUUCUCGUUCGUGCAGAAAGUACUCUCAUCUUCUGGCUUGGACAGAGAUAGACCCGAUAACGGAAAUGUUUUUGAUUUAUGGCAUUCAUCAAAAUGCCCCUUAGACCCUUCUUUGCUGGAGAAGCUCAAUGAUCAGGACACGAGUUUUAGCAGCUGUGUCGCAAAGGAUCCAAUGAGUGGUGCAAAGCUGCGGCGAGCUGUGUUGGAAAGAAGGCUUCUCUUUGAUUGCACGAAUGCCAUCCUCUUGGAUAUGGCAGGAUUAUCUUUGGACGUGAAUCCAUGGUCGAUCGUCAGAAGUAGGACUAGGAAGAGUGUGGUACUUGGAGGAAGCCGGCUAGCAGAAGAGGUAUGGAGGCGGCUGAGGAACAAAUUCGCUGAGGUGGUGGCUACCACGGCCACAGUAGCGGAAGGCAGGGAAUGCGUCGAUGAGAUGUUGAAGAGAGAGGUGGAAGGCAGAGAGUGGGAUUGGUUGGAUAUGGAAUUGGUGGAGGUCGACGCAAUCGGGAAAGAGAUCGAGAACGAUGUCCUUAACGACUUGAUAGAGGAUACUGUUUCUGACACCAUCCUCAUAUGCUGCCGCUGAUACGUUUGCAUGUGUAGAAAUUCUUCUCUGCCGUCCGCAGGACGAGAGAAAAGGGCAUUAAGUGAGGAACACGUUUCAUCCUUUGUUAUUGGGAAGAGCUAUUCUUGUCUUCUUUCUUUUUCCUUUAUUUUUGGGGUUAAUGUAUGUAUGUAAGGCAAUCUUGUAUAACAUUCACUUUUUAAGAUUUGAAUUUUGUUUCGAGAGGUA